CGUAAGGGAAUAGAAGCGAUCCUCAUCCCUUAGAACAUUCUCAAACACAGCAUAUUCAAGCAAGUUUUUCACACUCAAUUAAACAAAGCUUAAAAAACAAAAAUGGCUGAAACCGAAGUAGCUCAAGUUCGUUUCGGCAUCGUGGGAUGUGCAAACAUAGCAAGAAAAGUGGCCAGAGCCAUUAACUUAGCCUCUAAUUCCAUCCUCCACGCCAUCGCCAGCCGCUCCAUAGACAAAGCAAAGCAAUUCGCAAGUGACAACGGAUUGGACCCAAGGGUCAAGAUUUACGGGAGCUACGACCAACUGCUGGAUGACCCGUCGGUGGAUGCGGUGUACAUGCCAUUGCCGACUAGCUUGCACGUCCAUUGGGCUGUCAUGGCUGCCCAAAAAGGCAAGCAUGUGCUGAUCGAGAAACCGACGGCUCUUGAUGUGGGUGAGCUUGAUACAAUACUUGAAGCAUGUCAAUCUAAUGGCCUGCAGUUUAUGGAUGGGUCGAUGUGGUUACACCAUCCUAGGACUGUUAAAAUGAAGGAGAUGCUCUUUGAUUCCAAGCUUUUAGGAGACAUCAAUUAUAUAUACAGCACAUCAACAACUUCAGCAUCCCCAGAAUUCUUUGAGAAUGACAUAAGAGUAAAAGGAAACCUGGAUAGUCUCGGAGCAUUGGGUGACCUUGGCUGGUACUGCCUCGGAGCUGUAUUAUGGGCCAAAAACUACCAGCUCCCAACCGUAGUCACCGCCCUACCGGACGUCACUACAAACUCCGAUGGAGUCAUCGUCUCCUGCUCAGCUUCCAUUCAGUAUAAAGAACCAUCAUCAUCAGGAGCCACGACCAACGCAAUCAUUCACUGCUCUUUCCUCGCCGAUACAACCAUGGACUUGACCAUAACUGGUUCCAAAGGUUCCUUGAAUCUCAACGACUUCAUCAUCCCGCAACGAGAGAGCUCCGCAUCGUUCGAGUUCACGUUGGGUGCAAAGUUUGUGGAUCUUCAUAUCGGGUGGAAUGUGAAGCCUGAGAGAGUAGUUGUGAAUUGUGAUGAGCUACCACAGGAGGGUUUGAUGGUAAAGGAAUUUACGAGGAUUGUUGCGGGGAUUAGAACAACACCUGGGGUGUUGCCGGAUCCUAAAUGGCCUGAGAUUAGUAGAAAGACUCAGAUGCUAGUGGAUGCAGUGAAGAAAUCUGUUGAUCUUGGUUGUAAGCCUGUUUAUUUUUGAAGUGAUGAUCUUGUGAGUAUGUUUAGUGUUAUUGAACAUGUAUAAUACCAAAGCUUACCUAUUCAGAUA